AUCGGAGGAUUAAAUUAUAUAGCAGAGAGGACUUUUGAUCGCAAUUGCGAGAUAAACAAUAUUCAAUUCUUAUUUCGAAAAGAACUUCCUCGAUAUAUCAAUGGAAGUGCAAGUUUUAACAUAGAUACAGUUCGUCAGAAGAACCAAUAUGGAAUUAAGCAGUAAAAAUACAGAUGAACCUAGGAAAAAUCUAUCAGCAAUAGUGACCUCGAGCAGAGUUACAAAUGUGAUUCAUUUAUUCGUACUCGUUUUCUCAGUGUGCAUCUUAUAUCUUGCGUUUUCCAGAGAGUUCGUAUUCUUCACGUGGCACCCUGUGCUGAUGACUGUUGGUUGGGUGCUAUUAUUGACAGAAGGAAUCAUAACACUGAACAAGGAUAACAACCUCCUGAAAAAUAUUCUUGGAUCGAAUCGAAUAUUCUACCACUGGAUAACUCAAACCUUGGCCUUGAUUUUGAGUAUUCUGGGAUUCUUCAUUGCCUUUCAAUCCAAAUUGGACAAAAACAAAGCACACUUCAAGUCUUGGCAUGCUUUAUUUGGUCUAUUGGGAUUUAUUUUUGCUAUUCUUAGUGGAUUGAAUGGUGUACUUACUUUAUACAAUAGAGAACUGAAAGAUUAUUAUUCUCCUAAGUUGAACAAAUUUGUACAUGUCGUUUCGGGGACAUUAGCCUAUUUGUUCGGUGGUGUAUCUGCAAUAUUAAGUGUAUAUACUAAAUGGUUCGAUAGAAGAGUCCAAUCAAAUGAUAUAAUUUUUGGCCUAGUCCUAGUUUUAAUCACUUGUAUUGUAAUUUGGACAUUGGUUAAACCAGUUAACAGUGUAUCACAAAGAUUUAGACAACUCAUUUCAAUAGGGUAAUAAUAUUCAAAAAAAAUUUACCCAAAAUAAUUGUUUAAUUGCUGAUUAUUAUAAAAAAAUUUCCAUAAUGUCAGAUGAAGAGUAUAAUUCAGAUUGUAGUAUAGCCUCUGAUUAUGGGCUGUUGAAAAAAGCUCUCCCUUUUGAUACGAGAAUUCCAGCCAACUUUGAUCCGAAUAAGGUACCACAAACUGCUGAGGAGUUCCUUCAGUAUGCCUGUUAUGAACGAUCUUUAAUGAAGCCGUGGACAACUGCGAAAAUUGACCCAGCCAAAUUACAUUCCAUUGAAGUAAGAGAAUUCAAGGAAGACGUAUUGAAUAAUACUGUGGCCCCUCAUCUUCUUCCAACUCAACAAUGGCAAAAGGAUAAAUUAGAUGAAUUUAUAGAGUUCAGAGAAUAUAUUCAGUCAAAAAUGGAAAUCACGUCCAAAGAUGUACUGAGAGAAAUAGAUUUCAAAGAGCGUAUUGUCAAGACCAGUCCGGAAUAUGAGGAAGUUAUGAAAUUCUCACAAGCUGAUAAAAUUAGAGCUUUGGAAUUAAUAAAUGAUUAUUUAGAUACAAUGGAUUAUGGAACUUGUUUUGGGGACCAUGUUGGAAGUUGGAUAUAUUCAAUGCUUUCCCUUCUGGAUACCCCACUCAUAUCAGACGAUUGUCACGUUGUCAGGACUUUAGCUAAAAAGUGUAUUGAAAUUAGAUCAAACUACAAAGAAACUGAUAUCAAAAAGUUCUUCCCAUUAAACUUAUUUAUUUGUAUAAUCUCGAAAUUCUUUGGUCAAUUGGAUCUUAGUGACCCGUGAUCAAUACCAGCCAUCAUGGGAAGAUGUUUCCCUGAACAACAUUGGAACAUUUGAAGAGUUAUGAAAAAAUGAAAUUUGUCAGAUCAAAUAAACUGUUAUGGCUUGUUAUUUUGUGGUAUUGAAAUGCAGAUGAAAAUUUGUGAAAAUUCCUUGUGCCAUGAGAAAUUAAAUUUCAGGAAUACUAAUACUUUUGAUGAAUAAAAAAAUUCAAGUA